AUGGAUGGCUCGAGAGGACAGCCCAAGCAGCUGGUUUACCAGGAUCUGCAGCCACCCACCGAGUGGAAUGAGACCGCUCAUAAUCAUAUCAUCCGUGUUCUUCUUCCAGGUUUUAAGGCGGAAGACAUCAAGAUCCGUGUUGACGACGACUCCAGGAAGCUGAAGGUGAAGGGCAGGAGGCGUGUGGGUCAGGCUACGGUGGAGCGUUUUGAGCGUGAUUUCGACGUUCCUCAAGAUGCCGACCUCGAAAGGGUCGGUGGGAGGUUCCAAGAUGGCUGGCUUUCCGUCAUCAUGCCAAAGAAGAAGACACAAGAAACAGAAUCAACUCAGGUGGGUAUCUCACAGGAAGAAGAUAAGAAGAAGAAAGAGGAAGAGCCCAUCCUGCAAGAGAAGCCAGAGAGUGGUCAGCACAAGGCCGUCGAGAAGCCCAUAGACGGUGUUGGGAUCAAGGAAAGACAUUUCCCCAUGGGAAUACCAGCAGGUGGUGACAGGAAACAGGAAGAAGAGAAGGCAAAGAGUAGAACGGAGAGUGGAGAGAAGCCCAAGAGUUGCUGCACUAACAAAGAUGGCAGAAAGGAAGGUGUGAGUUGGAUGAAGAGGAUGAAGGGGAUGGAGGAGUGGGUCGACUCUCAAGUGGUGGAUAAGCUGGUGGAGAGCUUCAACAAGAACAGGAACGUCAUUGCUGCUGCAGCUGUAGGCUUCUCCAUUGGGUUCUACGUGUCCUUAAAGCUGAGGUCAAGCAGCAGAUGA